AUGUUUAAAGCUGAUAAAAGAAGUGGAUAUAUUGCUUUAAACAAUGAGGAGGUACCAUCAUCCUCAAGUCGUUUAGAAUUUGAAGAGCUUGAUAAUGAAACAUCGAGGCAUGAUGAAAACGUAUCUAGUACAUUUCCACCACUCAACCAUGAAGCAUUUGCCAAUUCAUUAGUUAUACGAGUUUCUGAGAGAGCCAGUAAUGGAAGUAAUCGCUGGGAUCAUAUUGAAAAUCUCGAUCAGUUUUUUACUCGAAUCUAUGAAUAUCAUCAACAAAACGGGUAUGCAUGUAUAUGUGCUGAGUUCCUUUUCUUCGUUUUUCGAUAUUUGUUCUCAAUGACAUUUGCGACCUUUAUGACUCAGUGUGUCGAUUACGGGAUAUUAUUCAACAACAAAAAUGUUACAAUUCGCAAUACUGGGAAGCGAAUCAUUUCAGAUGUGAUUAUAAGCGAUUGCUUAAGUGACCUUCAUCCGCUUGUGAUUCUUUGUGAUUUUCUUGCAAUUAUAUUUGCACUGUUAAGCAGUAUUCGUGCAGUAUUCCAAUUGGUGCAGUUUUACGAAACUUCUCAGUUUUAUAAAAGCGUUCUUGGUAUCAAGGAUAACGAGUUAAGAAAUUUCAAGUGGCAAGAUAUUGUAAAAAAACUGUGCGCACUUCAGCCAAAGCUGCAUCUUAUAAUCAAUAAGGAUCAUAUAACAGCUUUAGAUGUAUAUCAGCGUAUUCUUAGGCACAAGAACUACUAUGUUGCUCUGGUUAACCAAGAAAUAUUACCUCCUUUUGUUAAUGUCCCAUUUAUUGGUGAAAUACCUUAUUUAUCUACUGGUCUGAAAAGAAAUCUGGAAUGGCUAUUGUUUUGGGGAUAUUGGUCACCAUGGAAUGGAAGUUAUGGUCUCAAAGAUGACUUUAAAGAUCCACAGAAUCUUGCUAAGUUAGCCUCGGAAUUAGAGUCGACUGUCUCAUAUACUGCUUUGGUUAAUCUACUUCUUUCUCCUUUCAUUCUCCUAUACCAAAUUUUAUACAGUUUUUUCACCUAUGCCGGGCUGAUUAAACGAGAGCCAGGGGCUCUUGGGACUCGUCGUUAUUCAAAUUAUGCAAAGUUUGUUUUUUUUAAACUUUUUCAUGUUUCUCUUCAUUUUUAUUUAUCAUGUAUUAAAUAUGAAUAUUUUGGGGCCAAAUUGCGUCAUUUUAAUGAACUGGAUCACGAACUUCAUUCUCGUUUAUCGCGUAGCUAUCGUCCAGCAGUGCAAUACAUGGACCAGUUUGAUUCGCCUUUCGCUGCAGUUAUUGCUAAAAAUAUUGCAUAUGUUGCUGGUGCAAUUUUCGGCAUACUUUUUAUUUUAUCUGCUUAUGAUGAAGAUGUACUGACGGUGGAACAUGUAUUAACUCUGAUGACAAUAUGUGGUGUAACGAUUCUUAUUUGUCGUUCAUUCAUCGCUGAUGAAAAUAUGGUUUGGUGGCCAGAAUCAUUAAUGAACUUGAUUGUUUCUCAAAUUCAUUACGCUCCCAGCCACUGGAAAGGACAAGCUCAUAAAGACAUAGUUAGAAAGGAAUUCGGCAUUCUUUUUCAAUUAAAAGCGCAAUUUAUAGUCGAGGAACUAUUGAGUCCGCUUUUAACGCCAGUUAUUCUUUAUUGUUUUAUUCGUCCAAAGGCUAAAGAAAUUGUGCACUUCUUCCAUUCUUAUACUAUCACCAUAGAUGGAUUAGGUGAUGUUUGCACUUUUGCGCAAAUGGAUCUUAAUCGUCAUGGUGAUCCUCGUUGGAACAGUAGUAUUCGACCUGCCGCAAAUGAAGAUAAAGACAAUUGCUUAGAUACACGUCUUAAGACCAUCGCAAAUAAUGGUAAAACCGAGUUAUCACUAUUGAAUUUCGCGGUUAUCAAUCCUGAAUGGAAUCCACCGGAUCGUUCUGCUCAAUUUCUCAGAGAUUUUCGCCAGCGUAUAGACUGUGACGUACAAAAGAUGGGUGUUGAGAAUAGAAAAAAUAUACUUCUCGAUAGUUAUCAGUCUUUGAUGCUAGCACAUCGGCCAGGUACUCCACCAUCAGUCAACACUUCUUUCGUUCCACCAAUGUUUGUUCCUCAACAGGAUCCUUUUAAUUUUGCAGCUAAUUUUGGAAUGAAUAAUAUCGGAAUGUCGAAUAUGCGAGAUAUAGAAAUGCCCAUGAGCGUUAUGUACUUACGUAAUAUAUUUGCUGAAAAUACUGAGAGUGCGGCGAUGAAUUAUGGGACCAUCGAAAGAGUUGGCGAAACUGUUGAAAGUCGCCUUUCAAAUAUAUGGAAUGUUCCAGCCCAAAGCAUGAUAACUAGAGGGCCACCUCUAAUCAACCGCAUGCAAAUGGAUUUUUUCAACGAAACAAUUGAGGAUAAUGCUGAUGAUAACGAUAAUGAGCCUCCCCAUUCAUUUUCAAAUAUUUAA